UUCAUACUGAGAGACCUUAGACUAGAAAUUGCUGUCUUUGGGUUUCUGUUCUUCAUCUCUUGUGCCUGCACUUUUACUGCAUAUUAUUGUCAUUAUGGAGAGUGUAAAGUAUAUUGACUAUCAUGGACUGAUGUGCCCAAAGGAAAGUCACAGCAAACACAGUUUUAGAUAUUUUGAGAAAUUCAGUGUAAUGGAUAAUGAUGUGUUCAUUAUCACCUAUCCUAAAUCUGGUACCACAUGGAUGCAGGAAAUUCUUCCUCUGCUCCUGAAUGGAGGAGACCUGACCGUAGUGCAAACCAUCCCAAACUGGGACAGGGUCCCAUGGCUAGAGGAAACUCGUGCUUCUUCGAUCCUGGAUAAAAUCCCUUCACCACGAGCCAUGGUGUCCCACAUGCCUUAUCAUUUGAUGCCUCAAACUUUUUUCAACUCCAAGGCCAAGGUAAUUUACGUCACUCGGAAUCCCAAAGAUGUUUUAGUUUCAUCUUUCCACUUUCAUAAAAUGGCCUCUUUCCUUGACGAACCUGGAACAUUAGAAGAAUUCACUGACAAAUUCCUAGCAGGAAAUGUUUUUUUCGGGAAGUGGACUGACCAUGUGAAAAGUUGGCAAAACACUGACCUUGGGGAUAGAAUUCUCUACAUCACCUAUGAAGACAUGCUUCAGGACCUUCGUGGAGUCCUUGUGCGGAUUUUGACCCUUCUUGGUCGCCAGCUUAGUGCAGAUGCUCUGGAUCGCGUGGUCGAUCACUGCACUUUCAAAAAUAUGAAAACAAACACCAUGUCAAACUACUCUCUAGUGCCACAAAAUAUCAUGGACUGCAAAAAGUCUUCCUUCCUCAGAAAAGGUAUCGCUGGAGACUGGAAGAACCACUUUAGCCCUGAGCUUGAUGCCAAGUUUACAGCAGCGAUUCAAGAGGAAAUGAAUGGAAGUAACAUCAGUUUCCCAUGGGAUGAGGAAUGAGAGAGAAUCUCUAUUCAUGACAUCUGAGUGUACAUCAAAAUAAACACAGUCAUAGUGGGAAUGUGUUACCGUUUACUUAACCUGUUUUUGCUGUUUCAGUGUCUAUUCAAGUGUAAGGUUUAACAUUCAUUCAGCAGCACAGAGUGAAAAGAUGUACUGUAUUGCUGCUAUCAUUGCUCAAGAUAAAGACACUGAAAUAGUGAAGACAGUUAGGCCAGUUAAGUCUUUGUCUGGUUUUUGCAACAUAACAUGGAGCAUGCAACUUCCUUGCAUCCGUUUACAUUGAUUUGAGUCAUUGAAAGAGGUUACAAGACAUUUCUUGGGAAGUUGAAAAAAAUAACUCUGAGCUUAUUAUGAAGUAGAACACAAUUAGUUUGAAAAGUGGCCCUGAAUUGUCUAGUUUUUAGUCUGAAACUUGUAUCACAAAAUAUUAUGAGGUUUAUCUCUGAGAAAGUCAUGCAUAUGUUAUAUUACUGAUCUUACAAAGUAUCCCAAUACCUAAUUCAUGUUGCUUUUAAAUUGCAAUAAAUGCUUUAAUAUACUA